AUCGUUUUAAUGAUUAUGAUGUGUUCUUCAGAACCAGAGAUUUAGGAUGUUCGUAAGAGCAUAGAAACUUGAUUCGUGAGAAUUAAGUGUUUAUCCUUUUAUUGUACAUCCAGGUACAUGACAAUUGGUAUUAGACUCCAUCUUGGAAUAUGUAUCCAUGGCUACUGAACAACAAAUUACAGAUCUCUCAAACGCGGUUCAUCAACAAGGUGAAUCGAUCACUGAAUUGAAAGAUGCGAUGAGUUCCUUGAAGUCAGUUGUGAAUAAUUUGGAUUCCAAAAUGAAUCGUAUUCUAUAUCUGCUUGGAAUAUAUCUACAUCAGCCAUCAAACAUGGAAGAAUAUACUAUUUCGAUUGAGGACUUCACUGUCUCUUCAUCCGAGGAAAUCAAAUCAACUCCUCCAGAUGUUGAUGCAGAAAUGGAUCCUCUCGAGUUAAAGUUGAUUCCUUCAUUUUUCUUUGUUGAAAGAGAAGAUGGUACUUUAACGAAGUUGCUUUAUCUUCUUCGGACGAUAUCAACUGAUCAAUCACAUGGAUACAUCGAGUUGCCAAGUAGUAGUUCUCAUCAAGACUACUCGAUGGAUAUAUGAUCGAGGCAAGCCGUCUACUAGUCAAGGGUAUUUUUAUUUUACCACUACUUAUGAAUGUUGUGUGAUUAAAAUUGAUUCUAGGGUCACUGUGUUUCUUGUGUCAAAAUGGAUGGCUGAAUACGGUUAUGACUAUGUAUAUGAGCAGAUUUUGGAGUUUGGCUAUUACUCCCUCCGUUUCAAAAUAAUAGGCUGCUUUCAUGUGUAAUUUGUACAUGAAACCUGCCUAUUUUUUUGAAACGGAGGUAGUAUUUGAUUACAUUACUUGAUUUUUCAAAUGUUCAUUGGUUGGCUGCAAAUGGAGACACUCGUCGUCUUUGCGAGUUGUCUGAGGAAAUGCCCACGAGGAAUGUCAGCAUCACUAUGCUCUUGGUAGAAAAAGGGAAACCAUGUGUCCAUGUUAUCUUUAUCAUGACAUUUUUAAUCUCAGGACUAAAUCGAUAGAGCUGCUUCCAUUCAAUACUCCAACUGUGUACUCUCAUAGGUUCUGUCAAAUGCAUUUUCAUGCUGCAGUUCCUCCAUUAUUGCAGCUUUGGCCUGGUGAUGGCGAUCCUGUGGAGUUUGCUACGGAAGUUGCAAUGAUUCUUACUAUAAUGCUGCAAGUAGGGUACUUGCGCUGGAAAUUCAGAUUAGUUUCCACUAUUUUUUGCAGCAUAGGAAAUAGUACUAGUACAAUUUUUAGUAGGUUAAUGUUUGAUAGAGGAAAAGUGCAGCUCGUUAAUAAGGCACCUGAUCUAUUUGUUCCCCUGCACGUGGUACUGACAACGGACUGUCAUUGGGUAAUUUUCAUCUUGAUUGCAGUACAUUGUCAUGCUCCUUUUUGUGUACUGAUGAGUAUUCAUGGGGAUAGUCGGAAUUUAAAUAGAUCUACACCAAGUUUUAUUUUCACUGAAACUUUUAUUUUCAAAUUCCUCAUAGUAGUCACAACGGCG